CCUCUGAGAAUAUGCUGCCACAAAUAGCCCUUUGGCUGCUAAUGACAGUGAUCUUGGUUCAUGGACAGUUUUAUGGUGAGCGACACAAAACACCUGCUGGUGUAAAAGGCCCACUGCCCAAUACUGAGACCCGGUUCUUCAUUCCGUAUACCAUAAGGAGUAAAGGUAUAGCGGUAAGAGGAGAGCAAGGUGUCCCUGGUCCACCAGGCCCUGCAGGACCUCGAGGGCACCCAGGUCCUUCCGGGCCACCAGGAAAACCAGGUUAUGGAAGUCCUGGACUCCAAGGAGAGCCAGGGUUGCCAGGACCACCAGGACCGUCAGGCACUGGGAAGCCAGGUUUGCCUGGACUCCCAGGAAAACCUGGGGAGAGAGGACCAUACGGACCAAAAGGAGAUGUUGGACCAGCGGGCUUACCUGGACCACGGGGCCCACCAGGGCCACCUGGAAUCCCUGGCCCAGCUGGAAUUUCUAUGUCAGGAAAACCAGGGCCACAAGGACCUGCAGGUGCCCUGGGACCCAGGGGAUUUCCUGGGGAAAAGGGUGUACCAGGAGCCCCUGGUGUGAAUGGACAAAAAGGGGACACAGGUUAUGGUGCUCCUGGCCGUCCUGGUGAGAGGGGCCUCCCAGGCCCUCAGGGUCCCAUGGGACCACCUGGCCCUCCUGGAGUGGGAAAAAGAGGUGAAAAUGGGUUUCCAGGACAGCCAGGUAUCAAAGGUAAUCAGGGUUUUCCAGGAGAAAGGGGACCAACUGGCCUUCCAGGUGCCCAAGGUCCUCCUGGGGGACGAGGACCAGAAGGUAUUGGAAAGCCAGGAGCCCCUGGAGCCCCCGGUCAGCCAGGGAUUCCAGGAACAAAAGGCCAACCUGGGAUUCAAGGAAUGGCUGGACCCCCUGGGGCUCCUGGUUUUGGGAAACCAGGCUUGCCAGGUGUGAAGGGACAAAGAGGACCUGCUGGACUUCCAGGGAGUCCAGGUGCCAAAGGGGAACAAGGGCCAGCAGGUCAUCCUGGGGAGCCUGGUCUGCCUGGAUCUCCUGGAAGUGCAGGACCCCAAGGACCAAAAGGCAUUCCAGGCAACCAUGGUAUUCCAGGUCCUAAAGGUGAAACAGGGCCACUAGGGCCUGCAGGCCAUCCUGGGGCUCGGGGAGCAAGGGGUCCUCCUGGGUCAGAAGGAAAACCAGGGUACCCAGGAGAGCCAGGUCUCAGUGGGCCUAAGGGUAACCCAGGGCUACCAGGUUCAAAAGGUGACCCUGGAGUGAGAGGACCCCUUGGUCUCCCAGGUUCCAGAGGCCUCACAGGAGCUAAGGGAGUGCCAGGCCUUGAUGGUGAAGCUGGUCCAAGAGGUGUCCCUGGAAUACCAGGCACGAGAGGCCCUAUUGGGCCACCAGGUAUUCCAGGAUUCCCUGGAUCUAAAGGUGAUCCUGGAAGUCCAGGUGCUCCUGGGCCAGCUGGCAUAGCAACUAAAGGCCUUAAUGGACCAGCUGGACCACCAGGGCCUCCAGGUCCAAGAGGCCAUGAUGGAAAGCCUGGUAUCCCUGGGCCUCCAGGUCCCCCAGGUCCCCCAGGCCAGGCAGUCAUGUCUGAGGGCUUCACUAAGUCAGGCCAAAGGCCGGGUCUCUCGGGGAUGCCUCUUGCCAGUGCCAACCAGGGAGUAACGGGAAUUCCUGUGUCUGGUUUUACUGUUAUCCUUUCCAAAGCUUACCCAGCAAUAGGUGCUCCCAUUCCAUUUGACAAGAUUUUGUAUAAUAGGCAACAGCAUUAUGACCCAAGAACUGGAAUCUUUACCUGCAGGAUACCUGGAAUAUACUAUUUCUCCUACCACGUGCAUGUGAAAGGGACUCAUGUUUGGGUUGGCCUGUAUAAGAAUGGCACCCCCAUAAUGUACACCUAUGAUGAGUAUUCCAAAGGAUACCUGGAUCAGGCUUCGGGAAGCGCCAUUGUCGACCUCACAGAAAAUGACCAGGUGUGGCUCCAGCUGCCCAAUGCUGAGUCAAGUGGCCUCUACUCCUCUGAGUAUGUCCACUCCUCCUUCUCAGGGUUCCUCGUGGCUCCCAUGUGAACAAAGUCCCACCGAGCUAAGCUAAAUCUCCUGUAUGAAAGGCACAGCCACUCCAUCCCACCCCACAAAACGUAUAUGGAGGUGGGCUGAACAG